UAUGAAACAUGAAGAGGAAUGGUGUGAAAGUGGAUAUCAGUAUCUAUUUCUUUUUUUCAAAGCUAUCAAUUCAGACUGUUGUAAACGGUGCCUUUGAACAGAAGCAGCCACUUUCAAGGAUUCCUACUGUCGCCUCCUCUAGCUUUGCCUUUUAUCACAAGAGAAUCUGAUCUAAAGAGACCUCUCGUGCACACUAUAAAUGGACAAUUUACCCCACCAUGUAUAUUGGGAUAACCAAAGUAGCCAUGUUAGGAUUCUCCAUGAACACCCAAGCCAUCAUCAUCCUACUCAUCUUUGCCCUCUCUGUAAUCGUUUCUCCUUUGGCUGACGGGGUUCAACCGGCCAACCCUAUGUCCCAUGCAUCGCAAGCCAAUUGCACUUACUCCAUCGUGAUUGAGACAACAUGUGCACCAUCUGCCGACACCAAAGGUGUCGUUGGUGUUAGAUUCGGCGACUCUGCUGGUAAUCUCGUCGUCGUGAAGCAUCUGAAGAACCCCAAAUCACUGAAUGCUCCCAAAGAAGGCGCAAGGAAGCAAGGAGGCACGUACCGUGCGUUCGAACGAUGUGCGGUGGACGUGUUCGACACAAGUGGGCCGUGCAUGAGUCGAAGUGUGUGCUCUCUCUACCUCAAGCAGUUUGGAGCAGAUAGAUGGAGACCCGGUUGGGUGAAGGUUCUUCAUCGACGAGAUGAUAGUCGCCUCUCGCUAGCUUCUUACCUCUUCUACUUCAGGACAUUUGUGCCUGAAAACGUUUGGUUUGGAUUUGAUUACUGUAACCCCCACCAAGGAUCUCUGCCAAAGGUCCCAACUCUUGGUGGGGAAGCCUAGUCGGAGGCUUUUCCUUUUCUCUGCUUCAACUUUCAAGAUGUAACGAAAGGUUUAAAUUGCAGUAAUAUCACUUGCAGGAUUCCCACGUA